UUCUUUAGCGUUCAAAAUGUUUGAAAUAAAACAUUUUAUAUGAAUUGUUCUGAAAGACAGAUUAAAACUGAGCAAGUUAAACUGGGUAAUUGCAGCAGGUAUGACAAAAUAAACAAACAUAUUUAUGCAUUUAUUUGUUAAAUUUUAGCACAUUUCACAAAAAAACUAGCAUACAAAAUAUGAAUGUAUUUAUCUUAAAAGUUUACUCAAAGGGUAGUUUUGAAUAUAAAGUGUACAUCAUGUAUUGACCUAUAUGCUUUUUAAACAACCAUACAAUGCAAAAGUACAAAAGUGCUCCUUAUGACUGUGUAUUUCGCAAUUGAGGUGUAAAAGCAUGAAAUCACUGGUCUACUACAAAAGGUAGGGAUUUACCCGUAUGUUCACAUUUUUGUUGUGUGCCAAGAAAAACAAAUAAUAUGCUUUUGAAAAGGUAAAGAACAUGCAUUUGGACUAUUCCAUUUUUUAAUAUAUGAAUAUCUAUCUAGUUAUCAAAUUCUAAACUUUAUUAUAUAAAUUUAAUUUUAAUUUUGUAAUUAAUAUAUUCUUAUUCUACGAAAUGUAUUUGUAUUAAAACAUAAAAAAUUAUUUGUAGACAAAUAUAAAUGUACUUUCAGAACUUUUAUUUUCAAAUAGUUUUUUUUUUAUUUGUAAUGGUUUGACCUGACAAGAAUAAUUCUGGUUUAGUUAAUUCCUUAUUCCUAAACGCUUCUACACCUUCGAGAAACUGAUAUACAAGAUAAUUUUUUUUUGUUCAGGGAAAAAGGAAUAAUAUUGGAUCUAUUUGAGAAUAGACAGAUCUUUAGCAUUUGAAGAAAGCCUAUGAAGUCAUUCAGGCGUAAUGAACGGUAACUAACGUCCGUUGACAACAGAGAGUGCCACCUGGCAUCGUGACGACCCGACUGUGGUACUCUAUUACUCUUGAACACUGACGCAAAAGCACUUAGGGCAAAUUUUAUAUUGUUAUUUCUCAACGCAGGGAAAAACUACUGGAAGUUACCCUAAAGAAGUAAAUUCUGCUCUUCCAAUUCCAAAACUAGCGAUGGAUGUCGUGACAUCUGCUGUGAAUAUGUCGCCAAGCAACCAAGAACAAGUUAUGAUUUCAGGAUAUUUGACCCGGGGUCAUGAAGAAAUGAAAGACAAGCCCUUCAAGAAAAAACACAGAAAAUAUUAUGUGCUUCGCUACAAGGAGAAGGAAUCGGCUACAAUAUAUGAAUAUAAAGAUGACAAAGAUUUUACAGCACCGAAACCAAAACACACAGUGGAUAAAGUACCAUUGUUACGGUCUACAAAACUCCAUCUGUUUGAUCAUAUUGAGAUCCAUAAACACAAAUACGAAAACAUCCUCUGUGUGCUAAUGAGAAAAGAUAUGGCUUUGUACCUUCAAGCAGACUCAAAAGAAAUUGCAACACAGUGGUACAAAAGUUUGAACAGUAUUCUAACUGAUAUGGGACACGGAGCCGAUGCAGAAGACUUAGAUAACACCAUACAUCGCUCUAACACCGUUCCAACACCAGUCACAACAAAAUUCAAGAGGGAUGGCCGUAAGUCCUCUCCAGCAGCCAUGGAAGAUACAUUUCAUCCUUUAAAGAAAAAGACUAUUGAAGUCAUUGAUGAAAAUGCCAUUCCAGAAAAUAGAACUAAAAAGGAUGAUGACAGUGAUUAUUUAAUUCCAAAUGUGUCACAAGAUGAAUCAGAGUCCAGCUCCAAUUCAACGUCUCAAUCAUCCACGCAGGAUCCGUCAUCUCCAGAUUGGAAAAACAAUGAUGCAAUAUGCAAGUGCUGUAAUAGGAACCAUAUUCAAUGUGAAGGACCAAUGCCAGGUUACAUCAAUAUACAUCAGGUUUCAGAUUUUAAUAAACAUCAGAAACAACAACUUGCUCACAAAGAGGCGCUUUGCCGGGAAAGAGACCAAUAUAUGACUCUGGCAGAGGUGUCACGCAAACUCCAAGAGAGAGCGAUCCAACAAGGAUCUGAACACAUUCAAACAGGUUACAAUCCCAUGAAGUCUCCUUGUCUUCCACAAAUGUCAACGAGUCAAUGUAACAUAUCAACAGCAGGGGGUUGGCCAUUAAUGAAUUCAAUUUCCAUGCCUUCAAUACCGCCGCCAACACCCCCCAGACCAAAGAAACUAAUGCAGCCUCAGCCGCAAAGUGAUUCUGAAGAUGAUGAGCCUGCACAGACACGCCUGAGACUAAGAAGAUCCAGUUCAACAAGUCAACUAGCUGACAUUAACAAGUUCAUGGAAGAAGCACCCUCAACACCACAGCAUGAAAUAGAUGUCUUUCCACCAUCUCUUCCACCAAGAGAUUUCAUCACUUCAAAUGGUAACAAACUGAUGCCAGAGCUUCCAAUUAUCAGAAGCAAAUCCCCAACUUCUCGAACUGAUACUCGGAGAUUUGAAGGUUUGCAAACAUCAGAAUUCAACUCAUCUUAUGCACGUAUGGGAAGAGGAGUUGCACCACCAACCUCUUUAGCUCUAGAACACAAAUCUACUACAGCACAUUUACUGACAAUUAAAUCUCAGUCACCAUUAAAGAUGUCUCCUCGUUCUCCAACAAGACACUUCUUCUCAGAAUCCCCACCUCAUUCACCAAAACUUGAUGCCUUCUCUAAUAGACGCAGAUUAUAUGAUCAGGAUCCGUCUCGGAAAACAUCCAUUCCAACACCACCACCAUCUCCAUAUGCAGAAAGAAGGAAAAUUUCAGCUACCCAGAGCAUAAUCAAUAAUCGCCAACAAGCUGGGUCACCAACCCAGUCGAGGAAAUUGAAUAAGCUUCGAACACGUGGAGAAGUGACAGCACCAGUACUAGGAUUCAGUAUAGAUUCACAAAUGUCCCCUGUCCAUAGGUCAGAUAUUUCAACCAUUGAUGUCACCGACAGACCUCUCCCACCCAGACCUGAAGGAAUGGAUGUUGAAAAAAUCGUCAGAACCAUGGAAACAGUACUUUGGGAAAAAACGAAGGAAGAUGGAAUUCCAAUUCCAAUUCUCAAAAGUGACCUUAUCGAUAAGCUGGCUCUUGUUAAAUUUAAUGACCUUGUUUGGAUUGCAGGGAAACGAAGUACAAAAGAACGGAGUACGUUGGACAAGCUUCACAUUGGUGAUCACUUAUGGAGGAUAAACGAUCAAAUAGUUGUGGAUCCGAAAACGGCACAAGAUAUGAUAAGAACUUCAGCUAAAGAAGAGGUGACACUCUACAUUAAGCGAUUGCCUCAUGCUAAAAUUGUGAGAGUCAAAAGAUCAAGCCCUACGAGAGACUGGGGAAUAAAAUGUGUUCAAAAUGAGGUGAAAGCUGUGUCACCAAGUGGGCCAGCAUUUGAAAGCGGGGUCACACCCAAAACCAACUGUGUCACAAACAAUCGCCUUUGUGACUGGUGCAUUACGGAAAUAAACUUCAAUUGGUUCCGGCUUACAGGGAUCGGGAAAGAUUCAAUCAACAAGAAACUAGCGGAGAUUAGCAACCUGGAAUUGACACUUAUCCUGCAACCUUCGGACUUUAUCAAAGAGCUUAAGACACGCAUUGAGAAACUUCCCAAUGCGCAUGUUUUUACGGUGUCCAGAUCAUAAUAAAAUGAGACAUGGAUAUUGGAAACAUUUUCAGAGCAUGUAAAGCUGGGUGCUUACUGAGACCGAAGGUCGUUGGCCGACACGAUUCUAUGAAGAACGCAACGCUAUGGCGCGUGCACAAGAGAUCGUUUUUCAUGACAAUCUGUUCAGACUGCCACCGACAAUCAACAGAGGGCGUUGCGUUGUCUAGGGCUCACAGAAAGCGUAGUUGGAUUUGUUGGCCGGCGGUGGUACGACCUUUGUACGACACACAGCGAGUGCCCAUCUUUAUACGCUGUAAAUUUCAUAAUAUUUAUAAUUUGUUUAUUGUAUUAGGAGUUCUAUAAAAUUGUAUGCAUAAUACUUUAAAUAUUUUAAAAACUUGUUAUAAACCUGUGUGUAUAAACCAUAUAAUUUUCAUUUUACAUAUUUUUUAUUAAAUAAGUUGCUAUUCUAUUCCACUUUGUUUAAAAGUUUAAGUAGUCAGUGUAAGACCUCUCUGAUACUGUAAGUAUUCUUUCUAUAUAUAAAAUAUAUUGAAAAGAUCGUUUUUAUUUAAAUAUCAAAAUGUAAAUAUACCUUGAAGAAUAAUAUUAAUAAUCUUGAAUUUGAGUCUUGUAUGUAAAUAUUCAAACUAUUGAUCAU